CGUCCAGCAGCUGAUCGGUAAUCCAGAAGAAGUUUCCCCUCAGUUAGGGGGGAGCUCCACUUUGAAGCAGGAGACUCCACAACCACCCUGCAUUAAAAAGGAAGAGGAGGAACUCUGCAUCACUCAGGAGGGAGAGUGUCUUCUAGGACGAGAGGAAGCUGAUUACACCAAGUUUCCACUGAGUAUUCUCUCUGUGAAGACUGAAGAUGAUGAAGAGAAACCACAAGUAGACAACCUCUUAGCUCCACUAUCAGAUAGUGAGGCUGAAGACGAGGUUGAAGAACCUUUGAGCAGCGAUACAGACUGUGAAGGUGAUAUGAGGACUCACACUGACAACAAACACUCUGAAUGCUCUACAAAGAAAAAAGGUAAAACAUGUUUGAGCUGCUCCGUUUGUGGCAAACGCUUUUCUCGAAAUAGCUUUUUGACUGAACACAUGAGAACACACACAGGUGAAAAACCGUUUAAUUGUUCAGUUUGUGGCAAAAGCUUUUCUCAAAAUAGCUCUUUGACUCGACACAUGAGAACACACACAGGUGAAAAAACAUGUAAUUGUUCAGUUUGUGGCAAAAGCUUUUCUCAAAAUAGCACUUUGACUCAACACAUGAAAACACACACAGGAGAAAAAACAUUUAAUUGCUCAGUUUGUGGCAAAAACCUUUCACGAAAUAGCCACUUGACUCAACACAUGAGAACACACACAGGUGAAAAACCAUUUAACUGUUCAAUUUGUGGUAAAAACUAUUCUUUUCAGAGCACUUUGACUCAACACAUGAGAACACACACAGGUGAAAAAACAUGUAAUUGUACAGUUUGUGGCAAAAUCUUUUCUCGAAAUACCUCUUUGACUCAACACAUGACAACACACACAGGUGAAAAACCAUUUAAUUGUUCAGUUUGUGGAAAAAGCUUUCCUCAUAACAGCUCUUUGUGUCGACACAUGAGAACACACACAGAUGAAAAACCAUAUAAGUGUUCAGUUUGUUGCAACAGCUUUUCUGUUAAGAGCCAUUUGACUCAACACAUGAGAACGCACACAGGUGAAAAACCCUUUAAUUGUUCAGUUUGUGGUAAAAGCUUUCCUCAAAACAGUUCUUUGUGUCGACACAUGAGAACACACACUGGAGAAAAAAACAUUUAGUUGUUCAGUGUGCUGUAAAAGGUUCCCACGUAAUACAGACACAGUAAAACACAUAAGAACACACAAGGGAAAAUAACCAAAUAGCUGUUUAGUUUGUGGUAUGUUGCUCAUAUGUGGCGACAUCCACCCUACCCAGGACCUCCUCACUGCUUCUUUCACAAAUAUCUGAGGUAUUCAUACAAACUUGGAUUAUUUGGAGCAUAAUCUUAUCUACUCAUGGCCCCAUGAAACCUUCCUGAACAGUAAGAUAUAUGACCCUUCAAGUGCUUGGUUACUCCUUCUUCAGUCAAGGGACCUGGGGCCUCAUGUGUCAAGUUUGUGCACGCUCAAAAACCUGCACUACACCCUUUUUCACUG